AUGAGGAAUUUGGUGUCGCAGUUGCUGGCCGUAGGGCCAGAGCUGGCGGCAUACAUUCUCACUGCACCCCUGCUUGGCAUCGGUGGCGUGGAUGCACAGUUCACACAGACGGCAUUAUCGUCACCACAUCUCGAUCUCGGAAGUUUGGGGCGCGUCGCGGUGGGAGGCGACUUCGACAGCAUCUCCAUUCAGACGUAUGAAGGACAGAACCAGAACCUGUCGAGCAAUGGCAGCCAGUCACUACUUGCCCGCUAUCCAAACGGCGCAUUCCAGUCGCUUGGACUGGUCGACGCGGACGCUUCGAUAGCAGCAAUGUGUCCCUUCAUCGGACGCGAUGGAAAUGAUCGCGGUAUCGUCGUCGGCGGCAACUUCACCAGUCUUGCAGGCGUGCAGGCAAGUUCCAUCGCUCUGUGGAACCCCAAUACCGCUGCCGUGACACCGCUUUCAGGACUUACGGGGCCGGUACGCGCUCUCUACUGUGACGCCGACUCAACGACCGUCUACGUCGGAGGCAACUUCAUGGCUGGAAGUUCCAACAACGCGAUGGCGUGGACAACGCAGUGGCAGAACCUGCCAUUCGCGGGAUUUAACGGACCUGUCAACUCCAUCACGAAGAACUCCGCCGGAAAUCUCGUCUUCGGAGGAAGCUUUGAUGGCUUAGGCAAUGCCUCCACGCCGACGACACCGGAUGCGCAGGUUGUUAAUUUGGGGAGUGGUAACAUCACUUCUUCCGGUGCUCCUGACUCUGCGGAUCCCAGAAGCAUCAUCUGCAGCACUGCGGAGUCCGGAAACGCGUGGACGCUGAAUGACAACGUUCAAGGCUGGUGGCAGGGCUCGUAUGGCUUCGGCUUCAUCCCCACCAAACUCCGACUGUAUAACGUGCAAGGCGGGCGUGGCACCAGGAAUUUCUACUUUGAGAAUAUGGACGAUGGCGGUAUCCUAAACCUAACCUACACGGAUCCAUCGACUGGACAGAAAGCAUACUGUGACCGCGUGUGCCCGCUACCCGAGAACAACAGUACCGCACAGGACUUUCAUUUUGUCAAUCCAGUCGGUUUGAGUGUAUUCAGGAUCUGGCUCACUGGUUUCUACGGCUCCGGUGCUGGCUUGGCCGGCAUUGAGCUCUUCCAGAAUGACAUUUACAGCUACGCCGUCUCCACGUUUAACGAGCCGCAGUGUGAUGGCAUCAGCAAUGCCUCCAGCUCCACUGCCUCGCCCAAUUCGACUUGGGUGCGGAAGCCGAAUCUUGGGCAGACCUCGUCCGACUACCUGCUGGCCGCACUGGAUACCUCAACACAGAUCAGCUCGGAUACCAACGUUGUCUUCCGGCCAAACCUUGCGCAGUCCGGCAACUACUCGGUCUUGGUGUACACUCCAGGUUGCGUCGUGGAUAACACCUGUUCCACCCGCGGUCAAGUCAACAUAACGGCCUCGCUGACUUCCACCAACCAGCCUACCACCACCACGCUGUUUCAGACCAACAACUACGAAAAGUUUGACCAGAUCUAUUACGGCUAUAUUGACGUGGGCAGCGGCGACUUCCGUCCAUCUGUAACACUCUCGCCUGCUACAGGCCAGUCGGUUCCACUAACAGUGGUCGCGUCUAGAGUGCGCUUCGAACUGAUCAACUCCACUGGCGGACUGAAUGGGCUGUAUGAGUACAAUCCCAAUCAGCCAAACUCGAACAGCCAGGACUUCUCCACAUCUGCAAUCAAUAGGGCUGGCGCAUCCUUGAACACGGACGCUCUGAUCAAUGAUCUUGCUGAGUAUGAUGAGACCACCUAUGUGGCAGGCAACUUCAAGCGAGACGGCAUCUCCAAUGUUAUGGCCAUCACCGACAACGCGACUGCCCUGUCUGGCGGUGGAUUGAAUGGUGAAGUCAUGGACAUGUAUCUCAAUGGGAGCACACUGUACAUGGCAGGUGUCUUCAGCAACACCGCAGACAACACCAUCACUGGCUUGAACAACAUUGCGGCCUAUUCCAUCCCUGACAGGAGGUGGUCUGCUUUUGGCGCCGGUGUCGAUGGCGCCGUGUUUGAUGUGGUCCCGCUCCGACUGAACAUUAGCGCCAACGACCUCCAGGACUGCUUUGCGCUUACCGGCAACUUCUCAAACGUCAAUGCAUUCUCCGGCAACAGUGCUUUCACCGUCAGUGGGUUUGCUGUGUGGGUUCCAAGCCGCAAUAACUGGUUGCACAACCUUGCCGACGCGACCGCAGCGCUCAACGGUCGCCUCACUGCGUACACUGAGGUGCCGAAGAUGUCAUCACCGCUUUACGGAGGCAUGAUCUCAUCUCAAGGCCUUGACUUCAGUGACGUCGUAGAACUUAUGGCUGGAUCAGGUCAGCCUACUUUGCAAUCCCUCGGCACAGAACUUCAGCAGAGCUCUGGUUCCAACGGGACCUCGUCGAGAAAACGAAAGCGCGCGAUUCCAACUCAGGAUUCCUCUGGGCACAAUUACACUGGCGUAUACGAUGGCAUCUUCUAUCAAAACAACAAUCUCAACAUCACCGUUCUUGGCGGCAAUUUUGAGGCGACAGCUAGCAAUGGCUCUCAGAUCAGGAACUUAGCGUUCAUUAAUAACACCGGAUCUACUCAGAGUGUCAACGGCGUGAAUGGUCUGGAUGAGGACUCGAUAUUUGUCGCCGUGGACUUCACCGGCACUUUACUGUUUGCUGGAGGCGCUGUCAACGGCACUGUUAAUGGCGCCAACGCACAGGGCCUCGUGGUGUACGACCUGUCGUUGAAUCAGUACUAUUCGCCACAUCCAGCCGCUCUCGGAGGCGACGAUGUCUCUGUCAACGCCAUCGCCGCUCAGCCGGAGACCAACACGGUGUUCAUCGGUGGAACCUUCGAGACAGCAGGAUCGCUUCCUUGCCGCACACUCUGCACAUAUGAUGUGGGAACCAGGCAAUACCUCAGCGUCGGCGACGGCCUCUCUGGAACGAUCAAUUCCAUGAUAUGGGCAUCGAACACGAACCUUGUAAUCGCCGGCAAUCUCAGUAUCAACGGCAAUCCGACGAUGAUGGCCACCUACAACACCAAGAAGCAGACGUUCACUCCGUACACGGGUGCGAGCAGCCUUCCGGGUCCGAUUUCUGCUAUCACUGCGGUUAACACUCAAUAUACCGAGUUCUGGGUGAGCGGCGUCGCGACCAGCAACAAUUCGGUCUACCUGUCGAAGUAUGCCGACGGGACCUGGACUGGCGCAGGAGGCCUCGGCAGAGCAAGCAUCAUCCGCAAGCUACAGAUUAUGCCGCUGAGCUCGAGCGGAAACCAUGCUGAUAGUGCCCUCAUGGCCUCGGACCAAAUGCUGAUGAUCAUGGGUAACAUCAACAUUCCCAACGAGGGUAAUGCCAGUGCUGUCCUGUUCAAUGGCACUACGUUUGAGCCAUUCAUGCUCACCAAUAUGGACGAUGGCAGUGAAGGUAGCAUCUCGGCCAUCUUCGUCAGCAACCCAUCCAAUUUCAUCAACGAACGCAAUCACCAUCUUUCGCUAGGCGCGAUUGUAGGCAUCGCUCUCGCCAUUGCGGCUGGCCUCAUCUUCCUGAUGGUGGUUGCAGGCAUUCUCCUGGAGCGCCGCAGGAAGCGAAAGGAAGGCUACGUGCCCAUCUCGGCGGACAAGAGCUCGAACAUUGCUCGACUGCCGCCGGAGACGCUCUUCCACAACUUAGAAGGCCGGCCGAGCCCGCCCAGGGUAUAG